AAGAAAAAACUAUCCAAUCAUUACCAUUUACAAACACUUAAUCAAACUUAAAUCCAAAAUCAUUAAGGUCAUACACAACUCAUAGGGUAGAAAUUGUUGAUAUCUUUCAAGUGAGUUAAGUCCCACAUUGGUUGGAAGAGUCGAAGUUGAGCAACAUAUAGGUGAGAAGACCCAUAAACCUAAUGCCUUAAGGUUUUGGGUGAAAGUGUGGUGUCAAAGUCACUUGUAUGGUUGCUCAAGGCCCAAUGUGUCGAUCCAAUCCAAUGAGGCGCCACCCUCUCGGCCCAACAGAAAUUAACUUCAUAAGCUCCCAAGUCACGAAAUCUUAUCAACACCUAGAAAUUUAGGGUUUUAGUUACUGAGUCACAGAAUCUUAUCAGCAGCUAGAAACUUAGGGUUUUAGCUACCGAGUCGCAAAAUCUUAUCUGUAACCAGUUACUGAUCAAGCUGUUGGUUUGCUGAAAAUGAUAUGAUCCUGUAUUGCGGAGAAUCUCUUGGGACCCGCAAAUCAUUGGAUUACCGAAAAUUGUCCGAUCUUACUGUUCUACAUGCAAGAAUUGCAAUCCUGCUAGAUUGCGGGUUAAACUGUAGAUCCCCCCAAGUUCCGAAGAUCGUAAAAUCAUACGAUCUUACAUCAGGUAAAAUUGUUCUUGUCUGAUGAUUACCCGUCAAAAGUUGGCAUGAAAUCAAAAGAUAAUCUUGAAGGAAAGGCAUCGUCAAUGUGGUGUUCUAGCACCAAUGAAUAUGUUGAUUUACCUCCUGGGUUUGAAAGCAGUCAUUUCCCGAACCAAUCAAAGGUUGAAUUCUCCCACAUUCCAAAGAUAAAAUGGGAAUGUCCUCUCCCGUUUGUUUUCAGUUCUGCUUGGCUAGUUGCAGCUGGCGAAGAAAGUAGGGAGAAAGAUUUUCAGAAGCUGAGAGAAAUAAGAGUGCUUGAAGCAGUUUAUCCCCGACACUCUGCCAUUCCUCCUAGCCCUUCUGUUUCUUUAGAUGUAGAAGACGAAGAUUAUGAUGAUAACCUUACUCCUCUCGUCCCUCUCAUUCCCAUCGAGGAGGAAGAGUCCAUGCCUGCAGCAGUGAGCCCUCAACCCAAUGGCCAGUCACAGAACUUGCAUAAAUACAUGUCAGCACCAACUUCCUCUCGUACCAUCUCCCCGGAUGCUUGUGCAAUGCCCUUAGCUGGGCUAUCUUCUGGUUCAGUAGCUGACAUAGCAGCAGCCUCUGAUGUUGUGGCAGCCAUCUUGAAGAGUAAGGAGCAAGGAGGCUUAAUUGAUAUGGAUCUACUGGUUAAAAUAUUUAAUGACCCGAAAAUGAUUGAGAAUUUAAUCAGUGAACAUGGAUUGAAAACUGCUACCCCAAAUUCGGUGGCUACAGCCACUUCUGGAUUGAAAGCUGCUACUCCAAAUUCCGUGGUUACAGCCACUUCUGGAUUGAAAGCUGCUACCCCAUCAGUUCCUAUGUUUACAUCUACACCUGAUGCAGCAGCUUCUAGGAACACACACACUAGUUCUGUGGGUUUUUCUGGUUUGAGGCCUUCAACUCCAUCAGUUUCAUCUUUGAAUCAUACAUCUGGUAAGCCAGAAACUCUGUUUGCUCCUGCAAUUCCAUCAUAUUCAAUUGUGACUUCUGCAUAUGAUAAGCCAGCAACUGCAUCAGUUCCAUUGUCUAGGCCGGUAUCCGGUAAACCGGUAUCCCCCUCCGCUUUUAUGCCCACACCUACACCUGCAUCUCAUAUGCCCAGACCUGUCAACAAUGAUUUUCACAUGUCAAAUGGAAUGCCAACUGCUUUGAAUGUGCAACCUCGACCAGAUUCAUUUCUGGCUUCUGGGGCGAAUCGAUCUGCAUCUUUUACUUUUGCUUCCAUAUCUUCUAGUGAACAAAGCACAGUUCCAUUGCCUCCUCCUACUGGGAACUUGCAUACUGUUUUGAACCAUACACAAACCACUGCUACUACAAAGCCUUAUCAAACCAGUACAGGUUCGGCAUCUUCUGUAAAGAAGGAUGUCAACUAUUAUCUAAACCUCAUUAGGCAACAUGGUGCAGAUGGACAUGAUAUGCAGGACUCACAAAUAGGUACUCGUCGUAGUAACUUCCAAGAUAAGAUAUCGGUAAAUAACAAUAAUCAAGGGGAAGUGAAAUUCAAAAGCAAGAAACAAUGCAUUUACUUUAAUAGCUCAAAGGGGUGCAGGAAUGGUUCUGAUUGCCCCUUUCAGCAUGAUGUUUCAGCUCAGUCAGAAGCUGGUAACUUCCUAGGGGGCAGGGAUGCUAAAAGAUUUAAAUUGUGAUCAGAAAUUUAGGGGAGAGCGUAAUUCUAAGCGCGGCAUUUUUCAAUGGUAAAAUCUAUAAAUCUUUUUUUAACCUUGUAAUCAACAUGGAAACAAAUUGUAGGUUGAGACAUGACAAAGAGUGAGAGAGGAUGAGUGCAACAUUGCCUAGUUUUUGUGGUUGUGACCGGGAAUUGGUGGCCGGUUUUGGUAUCACUGUGGGGACUACAAUUGGGUCCAAGUUUUGAGACUUUUGAUAGGGUCUGUGUUUGUUUUAGACAAAUUGGUUAUUUUCUAUUUUGCAGUUUGCUAAGAUCUGUCGUGCUGGAUCCAGUGAUGUGGUGGUCCAUCCAUGGAGUGAGUACAUUGACCAAUGGGUACCUAUCCAUAA